AUGCCCAAUUUGGAAUUACUGCAAACAUUAUCUGGCCACAAAGGCAUUGUCUGGAAUGUGUCUUGGCAUCCCCAAGGAAAAAUAUUUGCAUCUUGUGGAGAAGAUAAAACGAUCAAAUUAUGGAGCAAAGAAGGUCAAGACUGGACAAUAAAAACUGUUCUAGUGGAUGGUCAUCAGCGUACCAUUAGAGAAGUGGCAUGGUCACCAUGUGGCAACUACUUGGCUUCAGCUAGCUUUGAUGCAACAACAGCCAUUUGGGACAAGAAAAGUGGUCAGUUUGAAUGCAAUGCUACACUGGAGGGACAUGAGAAUGAAGUAAAGAGUGUAGCAUGGUCUCCCUCCGGCCAACUGUUAGCAACAUGUGGCAGAGACAAAUCAGUCUGGGUGUGGGAAGUGGCUGGAGAUGACGAAUAUGAAUGUGAAUCUGUACUCAAUGUCCACAACCAAGAUGUCAAGAAAGUAGCUUGGCAUCCUUCACUAGACAUCUUGGCCUCAGCAUCAUAUGAUAACACAGUUAAGUUGUACAAAGAGGACACAGCUGACAAUGACUGGAGCUGUAUAGCCACAUUGCAGUCACAUGAGUCUACAGUAUGGAGCUUAACCUUUGACAAGACUGGAGAAAGACUUGCCACUUGCAGUGAUGACAGAACAGUGAAAAUUUGGAAGGAAUAUAAACCUAACAACCAAGAAGGAGUUAUAGUAACAGACAGAGAGUCUGUAUGGAAAUGUGUCUGCACAUUAUCUGGAUACCAUACCAGAUGUAUUUAUGAUGUAGCUUGGUGCCACCACACUGGACUUCUAGCAACAGCAUCUGGUGAUGACAUCAUUAGAAUAUUCAAAGAAUCUGAAGACUCUGAUCCUAAUGCACCAACAUUUGAACUUAUUUGCACUAAACUGAAUGCACACUCCCAAGAUGUGAACUGUGUGAAAUGGAAUCCAACGGGCAACAAAGAAUUACUCUCUUGUAGUGAUGAUGGAGAAAUAAAAAUUUGGAAUUUCUCUGAAUAA